AGAAAUAUCAUCGAAAGGAAUCGGCCUCAAGAAAAAACAAGCAGAUCCUAUUUCAGCUGAUGACGAAAAUUUGCUAUGGGAAAGGGAGUUAUUAGGGGGUGCAACUUCAAAAUCUUUGCUAAAUACCGUUUUUUACUAUAACUAAUUAUUCGGACUUCGGGGAAUGGACGAACAUCGAUCCCUCACACGAGACCAGUUUAGUUUGGGAGAAGAUAAUGUGGGUACAUACAUUGACUUUCAAGGCAAAACGUCUAAAAACUUCUCGGGGGGAUUAAAUCAAAGGAAGAUAGAAGCAAAAAGUAUUAGGCACUACAGCUCCGCCUCAGACGACAGGUCCUUGUUUCUCAUCUAUAAAACCUACUUGGAACUUACGGAGACGUCAGAGGAUGGGUCGUUUUACAGGCGCCCUAAUGGUGGAAUUACUCCCCGUUUCUCAAGCCAGGUUGUCGGUAUCAAUAAAUUAUCUACUCUCAUCAAGACAAUGUGUACAGAGGCAGGCCUAUCCGGAAAUUUUUCCAACCAUUCUGGAAAGAGGACCUGUGCGACUUCCUUGUAUAAUAGUGGGGUUGAUAAGCAAUUAAUAAUGGAAAGGACCGGUCAUCGUAGUGAUGCUGUACGGAAAUACAAACGCACCUCUACUACACAACAUGGAUCCGCCCUCCAAAAAGGCACUCGUAUCAGCAGAUACUAG